AUGAUAUGGAAUAUUAGAAUAUUUAAUAGAUAGUAUAUAACACAACAUUAUGGCAGCAAUGGACACAGAUGAACAACAAAAUACACCUCAAACUAACUUACGAAGAUCUAAUUCUGCACCACUUAUAAAUGGAGCUAACCUUAUUGAAACAAAUAUAUCAUAUCUUCCUGCUGUAACGCCACGAAAUAGGCGCUCAAGCACAAGUCAAAUGGCUAAUGGAUCACCUAUGUCAGCUCCCGUGGGUUCACCUCAUUCAAGAUUGCUUCAAAUAAGAAAGGAAGAGUUUAUAGAUGAGACAGAGCAAGAUAGGAUGGUAAACACAUCAUUAUUCCUAAGUUCAAGCUGUGAAUCCUUGAUGACGAACCAACCUAGAAGAAACCUAUAUAGUCCAUCCAGUUGUGAUGAUCGACGUCAUUCUAUUGAUGAUCCAACUAAUUAUUACCCAUCUUCAACUGCAUCUUCACCAUCACCAACACGAAAUAUCACACCAAGCUUGCCUAAGCUUAUCCCAAGAUCUCGAAGUUUGACACCAAGUCCAAUUCCAAGCCCAACUCGACAAGUAUCAAGAAGAAGUUCAAGCCCUGUUCUUAUCCGACAAAGCACACUAAGCUACAAACGAAAAUUCUUUCCAGAUGGUGUUGAUGUUAGUAUGCAGAGCCCGGCAAAGAAAGCAUUCCAUGAACCAAUGCAACACUCGUCCUCUGAUGAGACAUGUGAAACAACUAACUCACAUAUAAACAAUGAUGAUGACUCAGGCAUAGAAACCACGACCCCCACCACUCCUGUGACAUCAAUGUUGUUUUGUGAUACCUCACAUCAUCCUAAAGUAUCCUACUAUCGUCCCAAGUACACCCCACCUAGGUCACCUUUAGCUAGAUCACUUAGUUCAAAUAGUAAUGAAGAGACAAACAAGAGAUAUUCUCUGGAUGGAACAAAUUGUUUUACAUUUGCUCCAGUACAAGAUUGAAAUGGAAUUCUAAACAUCAAAAGCCAAAAUCGAUGCUGAAUAUUAUGCUGUCAAGAAUAAAUACAAGUCGAUAUUUCCCGAGUCCCGAGAAAUAAUAGUAUCAAAGGAAUUGCUGAACAUCACAACAAACUAUAGUCCUCUUACUUUGGAAGUUGUUUUCUUGAUUACUGUUUAACUUUGCCGCGGCGUUGAACAAAACAUUUUAGUGUAUCAUAUUUUGUUCAGAACAUUGACGUGGUGGACUGUUUAGUUCUGUUUCGUUAGAUUCAAACGUUUUCUCAAACCGACAUAUAUCACAACGUCCUAAAGGACGACCGUCCGUAAUGGCUACAAGUUAACCAUCGGCAUAACUCGUCUGAUCAAAAAUUUCAGACUGGAGGGUGCGAAUGUCUUUCAGACAAUAGACAGAGGAAUUCCCACAAGCUCCAGGCUGCUCGUCGCAUUUCACCAAAGGCUAAGCUCUCACUUUGUUAUGUAUAUAUCAUAGCGUAAAAUCAGACUAUAUUUGUCUCUGUACGACGGUCAAAUGUAUUUCUAUUUCACGACUUUCAGCAGGCUAUUCAAAACUACAAAACUGAUCAGUUUUGUUCUUUGUAUAGACAACACUGGCUAUACUUUUUUCUUAUAAGAACCUAAUAUCAUGUACUUUAAAAAUAAACUCUCAAAUUCAAAUCGGUAUCGCAUGAAACGAUACUGAGGCUAUGUGCACACGGUAACGUUUUCACAUUCGUUUUCAUUCCAAAACGGUUUCGAACAUCGUCAAUUUACAAUAGAAGUUGAAGAUUAACAUAUUGAGCAAAUAUUUCUUUGGAUCGUGUGGACAGGGCGUCUAAACAAUAAAAUAUAGACAAAAACGAUUUUUGAAAACGCUGGAAAACGACACUCGUGUGCACAUAGCCUGAGUUACCAUAUCCAUAUAUAUACAUCUUGUGAAAUGCGUUCGUGGAUAAUGUAAUAAUGUAGAAAUAUAUAAUGGUACUUUUGUAUAAACUGUACAGAAAAAGAAUAUAACUAUC